GCGAAAUGUCCAGAGGAUGACACUAUGUGCUAAAUCGUCGCCAUACCAAGCAGGAAAGCAUCGAAACAGACGCACCACAACAACCAGAAAUUGUUCGGCAAAAUGUACAGCAAAAGCGUUGAUCAAAUUACUAUUCUGCAAGGAGACCGAACAAAGCUAAAAGAUUUGCUUCGUUUGCGACUCAUCGAGUGUGGUUGGAACGACCAGGUGCGAUAUCUCUGCAGAAAGGCGAUAGUGGAAAAUGGCCACACAAAUGUAGACGGCAUCGUACAAGUCGUAACACCGGAGGCGCGGACGCUGAUUCCUGAUGUGGUGAAAAGAGAGCUGCUGCAGAAAAUUCGCAUGAGCUUGGUACAGCAGGAGAAGCUCGAUUUGUAGACAUCCUUUGGAUAGAAUUAGUCGAUAGAAUAAGUGUAAACAUCUUUGCAGUUGUUUCUUAUGCGGUGAGUGGGCCGCCAAGGCAGAAGACUGGGCGAUGAAUGAGGCCCGGCAAUCCGUGAUUAUAAACGUUCCUCGCCGAGGUGUUUGUUUUGAACGGGA